AGCCAACCAUCAACUUGAUCAUGAAGAAAACAUGUAAACCAAAGCACGUAAUUACACGAGAAUAUAUAUACCAUCCACAGUUUGCAUGGAAAAUAUAACAUUCACGUUUCUUCAAUGCCAUUUUAUUGCAAACUUGAGGUUCAUAUUAGUUUUUAGUUCGUUCUCAAUGGCCAGUGCAAGAGGUACUACAAGGGUUGGAGAAAGAACAAGGGCACGAACUCCAGUUGUGGAAGAGAUGGUACCUAAUUCUGGAUGGACACUAGACUCUGCAGGACAUUACCUUAUAGUGGAUCUUCCCGAUUUCAGGAAGGAAGAGGUGAAGCUCCAGGUUGAUAGCUAUGGCCGUAUCGUUGUAUCAGGAGAGAGGCACUUAAAUGAGUGGAAACGUGUUCAUUUUCGGCUGACUUUUCCCGCACCGCUGAACUCUGAUAUGGAUAAGAUAGCCGGAAAGUUUGAUGGUGGAAUCCUUUAUGUCUAUGUCCCCAAGCAAGUAACACAUCAGAACAAAGAAAGUGCGACUGCGAAAGUUGGAAAUCGCAAAGUUGAAAGAUCAGAAGAAAAAGAUCGCCAUCAGCAUGGAAAUGGUGAAGUUGAAAGAGCAGAAGAAAAAGAUUGCCAUCAGCACGAAAAUGGUGAAGUUGAAAGAGCAGAAGAAAAUGAUAGCCAUGCACCCAAAGCUGAUGAGGGGAGGAGAGGUCCCAGUCAGCAUGAUGACCAUAUAGAGCUUGCAGUAAAAAGAAACGAAAAUGAACACAUUGGAGAAUUUCCUGAACAAGUAAUAAGGAAUUGGCAUCAAGAAUCCGCGUUAAGAAGUGCAUUGGGGGUUUUGAGGGAAAACAAAGGUAUUGUAAUAACAGCUGUUAUAGCAUUUUCCUUGGGGUUGCUCGUAUCUCGCAAAUUCAACGGCUCAAGUUAAGUCCUUGACAAAUGCAUAUCCCCCAUUUCAGGUCAUGUGCCUUUUACAUGUAUGUAAAUAGAAUAAACCAUAAAGUAUCAUGCAGAUAUUCAAACAUUAAUAAUAUCUUUGCUUUGUCCUUUUUUCUUUCCA